AAAAUUGCAUCAGCAUCACCGCUCUCAUUAUCCAAGCAAACCUUCGUAUCCUCCUUCAAACUCCCUCGAUACCAACCAACAAACAUGUCUUUCUACGCAUCAUCUGAGGGCAUCAGAAUCACCCAGGAGAACCGCAGAACCUGGCUUGUCGGCCGGGCUAGAAGGACUGACGGUUCUUGGAAAGAUGUCAAGUUCGACCUUGACAACGUUGUAGGAAACGCUGAUGGUAAGCUGCCUGACCCCGAAACGGCCUUUAUUUUCUUUUUCUUCUUUUUUUUUUUCGGCGAGGCUAAUGGUAACGUGUUUUCAAGGACGCUUGACCUGGGGUGGUCAGGGCUUCACCGAGACGUCCUCGAACGUCAGGUUCAACUUCGAGGGAGGCGGGAAUGUUCCCGUGUUGCGGGCAAGGCUUAGAAACGCUGCGGGGGGCGAGCAGGAGUCUGAUCUCAACUUGGGAGAAAGGCUUACGAACGUCAAUGGUGACCUGGUUUUUAACUAGAUGGUGGGGGUUCUUUGUUUGCGAUGAGGGUUUCCCUACCCGUCUGAAUGCUUGGGGGGAGGGUUUGGGUUUUUUUGUUUAUCAAUUGAAACACAAUUCAGAAAUUCCCUAGGGGAACAGGUGCUAGUGCGCUAUUACGUAGACUGCAAUUGCUUUGAUAUUUUUAUGCACGGAUGCACUGCACUGUAGUUCUCGGUAACUUUGGUAGGCUGCAUCGGUACUGUACUGUGCACGAGUAUGAUACAACCGUAUGUCGAGGCUAUGUUGGCCGACUAGUAGUGCAACAGCAGAGAUCACAAAUCUGACAUAGAGCCGCGGAAAGUUGGCUACGAC